AAAUGUAAAUGUCUUGGGAUAAAUGCUCUGACUCUGUCGUUUUUAUACCCCAACUGCACUUGAGUAGGGAGAGACUCCAUAUCAAAAAACAAAAGAACAGAUAGACUCUUCACUUCACGAUUCAUCCGACGUGCAUCAAUAACUCUAGGAAUAUUUUUCAUCUUCCAAAUCGACUUCCCACGAGACGCCAGAUAGAACCCCCUUGAGCGGUGCCCUGUUCCGAAGAGACACACACGACACAUCAAACGUAUCAAAUGGGGUUAGACGCUAUUCACGUUCCUUCUGAUCCGCAGAAGCACAAAAAAAAUUUAAACAAGCCCGCCUCUCGUGAUCCUCACAGCCUUCACUUUACCCAGCACUCUCUCCACCAGUUUGGAUAUCUCAAAUGGUUUCUUCAAGAUUGGUAAUCUGCUCCUCAUUAUCAAACCGUACUGCUACUAGAUACGAAGGGACAUUCACAUCACUGUACACUACUUUGCUCAGUUUUCCAUUCAUUUGGACAAUUCUCCUUGAUUCUACCGCCAUUGGAUUCAUAAUCCACUUCAUCGUCCGCAUCCGACAUUUUUUUCCAGUCUCGAGAAAAAAACCCGUGAGAGAACGUCUACAAAAUUGAUUUACUACGUAGACGUGAUGACGUUGAUAACAUUUUCGGGUGUGUGUAUCCGGUUGUGGUUGAAGAUCUUUUGGGUUGCUUCUUUACCUUUCAGAUGUGUUUAAAAUAUAUUUUCUUCGGUUUUCUGCAAAUAUUUUAUUCAUGCGGUAACAGCUGUACAAAACCCAGCGUCAGAAUUAAAUAUCUGUGAAUCAAAUAGCUGUUAAAAUGUUUAAAAUUUGAGAGGAAAUAGGUUAAGACUAGCUAACGUUAGCUAGCUAGCAAACUUGAGUUACAGUACAGACUUAGACUGACUGAAUCGCAAACAACAGAAGUCAGUGCAUGUUACUUUGUUUUGACAGAUUUCUGUUUAACUGUACAAGCCCUGGUCAAAACAUAAACACUCGACUUCAGGAGAAAAAUGAAUAUUCUACCUAAAAAGAGCUGGCAUGUUCGCAACAAGGACAACGUCGCGCGCGUGCGUCGGGACGAGGCACAAGCCGCAGAAGAGGAGCGCGAGGUCCAACGCCGUGUGGAGCGAGCAGAGCAGGAGGCGCGAACAGAGCACCUGAGACAGAAGUCGCGAGCUGCCCUUCAACAGUCUGGAAGAUGGAAGAAUGAAGGAGAGGGAGGUGAGAGAGGAGGUGAGAGAGGAGGGGAGGGGAGUGGAGGAGUGGUGGAACACCUCAAUCUAUUUCCUCUGGAGGAGUCGUCUGAGAAGAAAGGAAAUGCAGAGUACCUCAAAGACAAGAAAGAUGAAAAGGAGCGGGAGGAGCGUGCUAUUGGUCUGCUAGUGUCCUUAGGCCCCCAACCUGGGACAGAGGUAACUCCAUGGUACAUGAAAACAGGCCGGGAAAAAGAAGAAGAGAAAGACGAAGGAAAGAAGAAAGAGAAGGAGAAAGAAAGACAACAAAGGAAAGAGACUGCCACUCAGUCAAGAGGGGAGAAGAGAGACAGACGACUGAAAGACAUGCUGGACCCCUUGAAAGAGAUGAAGAAAGCACUGGCGGUGAAGGAUAGAAAAGAACGUAGGAGUAAGAAGAAGGAGAAGAGGGAUAGAGGGGAGAGGAGAAGCAGUGGUGGAGAAAGCUCUAUUGAAAGGUUGCGAGCAGAGCGACUGCAGAGAGAGGCGGAGGAGAAGAGGAGGACCCAGGCCCUGCUGGACCAGAAGAACGGAACAGGAAAAGAGAAGGCAAGGGAGACAGAGGAGAGGGAAAUGCCGUACAACAGCGCUUAUUUCCCAGAGCUGGCCCGCAAGAGGCAGAGGAAAGACAGAGAUGCCUGGAGAGACGGCAUCUUUUGAAGUCAUACAUCAUGCAGUCUCAUUGUUUUGGCAACAGACACAGAACAUUGAGGCAUUCAAGAUACAUUUAUUAGUAUGUGAAAGACACAGAAGACUUCGACAAGGACCAGAGAGCCUGGAAGGUUAUUCAGUUGUAUUGUUGUGAAAUGUGAGCCAGUGCUUUUAGCUUAUUCUUGCAGUAACAUGGAGGAGUUAUGUAUGUAGACACAUACUGUAGGUUGUUGAACUUGUGAAGAUGUGUACAAAAAUUGCUCAAAAUGCCACAUUGUUUAUUUAUUUUACAUCUAGGCUAUCCUGAGGAUCCUAAGUGGACUUAUUGAUGAUUGUUGUCAUUGAAUAAUCAAUAUUAUUGCUGAUGAGGUAGAAAAAGAAAGGGAACCAGUCAAGAGAUUUGGGACAGCUGAGCGGAGUGUUGGUGUCUGUUUGGCACCCUGCUCAAGUGUGAGACAAUACAGAGAUCAUUUAGCUCCACAACACAAGACCACUGUUCAAGUUUGAGUGUGUUAGAUGUUUUACUAUUGAUGGCAACAUUGUGUCACAAAUGUAAUUGUGUCAAUUCAAAUCUGUCAAGUCUAUUUUGUUUCUGAUAAUAGCAUGUGCCAUUUUUGGCAUCUGUUCUAUUUAACUAUCUGAUGUAGACAGAGUUUAGUGUGGUUGGCCCAACUAUUAUUGGGCAUUUUCCAUUUCAUUUAAUUCAAUAAAAAUGUUAGGCCUGUCAAA